UUUCCCAUUGCGCUGAAAGAAAAAAACAAGAUGGCGGCCUCAGGUGGUAAACAGUAUGGGCUCAUUAUACCCCAGAAGAGUGCUUCUAAAUCAGCCCCCCUCUCACGACCUUCUAUUUUCGGGGACGACUCUGACGAUGAACGGUCUGUUGGUGAGAGUUUGCAGAAGGAGGCGAUCAAAAAAAAGAUGAUGAAGCAGACGCGACUUGAGAUGCAAAAGGCUCUGGAACAGGACAGCAGUGUAUACGAGUACGACAGCGUCUAUGACGACAUCCAGAAGCAAAGGUUGGAGAGUAAUAAGAAGCUCCUGGGAGGCGCUGACAAAAAGCCCAAAUACAUUACUCAGCUAAUGCAUGCUGUAGAAGAAAGAAAGAAGGAGCAGGAGCGGCGCGAAGACAGAAAGAUCCAGAAGGAGAGAGAGGCAGAGGGGGAACAGUUUGCAGAUAAAGAAGCCUAUGUGACCUCAGCUUACAGACAAAAGCUUAAAGAGCGCCAGGAAGAGUUGGAGAAGGAGCGGAGAGCUGCAGAGAUGGAGGCUGCUUUGGACGUGAAAAAACAGAAGGACCUGAGCGGCUUUUACAGACACCUUCUGAAUCAGACAGUAGGAGAAGAGCCUCUCCCCGAUCGCAGCACUGACAGAAAAGAGAAAUCCAAGUCCCCCAUUCAAAAUGCUCAACCCCGAGAAAACGACAGCGAGGCUGAAUCAAACGAAGAACAGAGCUCUUCUAAAGCGGAAUUCAGCAAAAGUGGAGGCAACGGCAGUCACUCCAAACGGCAAUACCGCCAGCGGUCCCCAUCCUCCGGCAGCGAAGAUGAAAGGAAGAAUGAAAAGAAACGGGAAAAAGAAAAGCGCAGUCACAGGGAGAGAGAAAGACAAAGAGAGGACAGGCACAGUCAUCAGAAAGAGGACCGGGACGGACAAAGAAAGGAAGGCCGCGAGCACACAAGAGACAAGGAUCGUCACCGGGAGAGAGACCGAGAUAGAAGGGACAGAGAAACGGAAGAUAGGCAUGGUAAAAGAGACAGAGGAGAGGGUGAGCAGCAGGACAGACGCAGAGAUAAAGAACACCACAAAAAUAAUGACAGAAAGGAACGAGAGGAGAAGCCACAAGUGGAUGAAAAGGACAAAGACAAGGAGAUACAGGCUGAAAGUGGUGUGCAGGGGAACAGCAAAUUUGCAAAACGCAGCAGUGAACAGACCGUGAGCUCGGCCAGAGAGCGAUAUCUGGCCAGGCAGAUGGCUCGCUCAGCUGUAAAGACCUAUGUCGAGGAAGAUGAAUAACACCAGGGACAUCACUGAGGGAGUAGCUGAACGUUGGAAGAUGAUGGCCCAAAAAAAAGAAAUUAAACACAGUUUAGAAAUUUUAAAUUUUCACUUGUUUUUGAAAAUAUAAUGAAUCCACUAAAAACAUGCUCGUCUUUGCUGUUUUACCUUUAGGGACCCAUCAAAUCACAGCCGUCUGUUAAAGGUCUAAACAACCUCAUUAAGCUUUUGUAAAUGGUUUGUAAGAGAGCAAGAGAAACUUAAAUGAAAGUUCUUUAAUUUGUGUGUGCCCACUUGAAUUCAGAUAGUCAUGACAGAUUCUUGUCCAAAUCAGAAGAACCCGAAUCCAGCAGUCUUUAAAUGAUAAUGUUCUUACUGCGUGUUUAAGUUAAAAUAAAUCAUUGCUGUUGGCCAGUUUAUGACUGAAUUACUGGCAAUACUUA